AGUAAAGAAUCUAAAGCUCUCAUCUCUCCGCUUCUCUAUACUCCUCCACACUUCCCCCUCAACGAGUUUCAAAACCCGAGUAGCCAUGUCGCUCACGUUCCCGACGAACCUCGUCCUCAACCCGAGAGCCAACAAAUCUCUCACUCAAUCAUUGCCUAAAUCCACCGCGAGGUUCGUCUGCUCCGAUGACAAAUCCGCGACGCAGCAACAGCAGUCCAUGAAGGCUUUCUCCGCCGCAGUGGCUCUCUCUUCCAUCCUCCUCUCAGCUCCGAUGCCAGCCGUCGCUGAUAUCUCGGGGUUGACCCCUUGCAAGGAGUCGAAACAGUUCGCCAAGAGGGAGAAGCAACAGAUCAAGAAGCUUGAAUCAUCUCUUAAGCUCUACGCUCCUGAAAGUGCUCCUGCUCUUGCUCUUAACGCUCAGAUCGAGAAGACCAAACGCAGGUUCGACAACUACGGCAAGUAUGGACUUCUGUGUGGUGCAGACGGUCUACCACACCUGAUAGUGAACGGAGACCAGCGGCAUUGGGGAGAGUUCAUAACUCCAGGCCUUCUCUUCCUCUACAUUGCUGGAUGGAUCGGGUGGGUUGGGAGAAGCUACUUGAUAGCGAUCAGUGAUGAGAAGAAACCAGCGAUGAAAGAGAUCAUUAUUGAUGUUCCUUUGGCUAGUCGUCUCAUCUUCCGUGGUUUCAUUUGGCCUGUUGCUGCUUACAGAGCGUUACUCAACGGCGAUCUCAUUGCCAAAGAUGUCUAGAAAAACAAAAAACAAAUCUAUAUUUGUUGUUUUGUUUGCUUCUCUUUCUCUCAUGUUUUCCAUUGUAUGUAUUGAUAUCUCUAAUUAACUCUUCCUUCAAAGAAUAUCUUUGCAUUAUGGAAAAACUUGUAUUUUGGAUUAAAUGUUAAUUGCGGAAAAACUCAUUUCAUACCCAA